CAGUAACUAGGUUUUCUCAUCUCUGAGAUAUUCUUUUGUGAGAUUUUCAAAUCACUGAAUCCACCAACGGCUAUAAAAAUGAUCUUGUAGGUUCCGCGUUCUUCCGUUACUAGUUUUCAGAGAUUCUUUUGUGAGAUUUGAGACAAGAAUCAACUCCGAGAGAGAGAGAGAGAGAAUGGAGAAUGUGUUCCGAGAAAAUCAGAAAUCUGCCAUGGAUGCAUUCGAGAAGCUGGAAAAGGUCGGAGAAGGAACAUACGGGAAAGUCUACAGGGCACGAGAGAAAGCCACAGGAAAGAUCGUAGCCCUCAAGAAGACUCGUCUCCAUGAAGACGAUGAAGGUGUCCCGCCUACCACUCUAAGGGAAGUUUCCCUUUUGAGAAUGCUCUCCAGGGAUCCCCAUGUCGUCAGGUUGUUGGAUGUAAAACAAGGCCAGAACAAGGAUGGGAAGACAAUUCUCUACCUGGUUUUUGAGUAUAUGGAUACUGAUCUCAAGAAGUUCAUCCGAACCUUUCGCCAGACAGGAGAAACCAUGCCCUCUAAAACUGUCAAGAGCCUGAUGUACCAACUCUGCAAGGGCGUUGCCUUUUGCCAUGGUCAUGGAGUGUUACACAGGGAUCUGAAGCCUCACAAUCUUCUGAUGGAUCGUAAGACAAUGAUGCUUAAAAUAGCAGACCUUGGACUGGCUCGAGCAGUCACUGUUCCACUCAAGAAGUAUACUCAUGAGAUCUUGACUCUGUGGUAUAGAGCUCCAGAAGUGCUUCUUGGAGCUACCCAUUACUCAACACCAGUAGAUAUGUGGUCCGUUGGCUGUAUAUUUGCUGAAUUGGUAACAAAUCAAGCACUGUUUCCUGGAGAUUCUGAACUGCAACAGCUCCUUCAUAUUUUCAGGUUAUUGGGUACUCCAAACGAAAAAGUUUGGCCAGGAGUAAGCAAACUAAUGAACUGGCAUGAGUAUCCCCAAUGGAGCCCAAAAAAUCUGGCCUCGGUCGUUCCUAAUCUGGAUUCCAAUGGACUAGAUCUUCUCUUGCAAAUGUUGCAGUAUGAACCCUCAAAGCGGAUCUCGGCGAAGAAAGCUAUGGAGCAUCCAUACUUUGACGACCUUGACAAAGCAUACCUCUAAAAAAUUUGCAGGUUGUGCUUGAAGCAUUACCCUCCAAUGAUUCAGAACUAGCUAGCUACAAUUUUUUCCUGAUGUAUUUUGCUUUCCUCAAGCAUUGUUAUGUGUACCAUCACGACAUGGUUGAAAUGACAUUUUGAUCUUUCCAACGUCCAGUAUUUGCCUAUGAUUCCAGUGAUCCCUAAAUGCAAAUGAAAUUGCCAAAUUUUCCUUCAA